AUGGCCUACAACCGCGAAUGGGACAGAGGAAAGGACUCCUGGAGCGACCAGCAUACAUGGUCAGCCCAGGACAGUAGGGGAAACGUGCGAGACCGUGAGGAAGAUGCCUACAGCGAUGGCAAACGCCGCAAGUUCAACAACGGCGGCUACGACGGCGCUCGUCCUUACGAUGACCACUCAUACUCCGAUCCGCAUCGACAACACCAUGAUUGGUCACAAGAAUAUGGCCACGAGGAUCGCGCUCGUAGCGGUCCUGGCGCCUUUCCAAAGAAGCGCCUUGUACCCUCCGAGCCCAGUCCUCAUGUCAUCUUUCUUGGACUCGAUCCAGACUUCUCCGAGGCCGAUCUUCAGGCAUACCUCGUUUCCAAUGGCUGCAGUGUGGAGACCGUCACAAUCAUCCGCGAGAGAUCAUCAGGUUCUUCCAAAGGCUUCGGCUUUGCUCAAUUCUCAAGCGUCGAACAUGCCCGGGCCUUUGUCGACCCCCUCUUUCCCUUCAUCCAGAUGCCUCCUCCAGCAUCUCAUGGGGCCUCUGCAACUGCGGCCUUCUACAAGGCCUUGGAGGCCGGACUACCUCAUAAUGGGCGAAGGGUCAAGAUUGAUUAUUCCCAAAGUGCCACACCACAUGACAAGGGGCGGAUGAACAGAGGCAACCUGAACGAUGGCACUCGUGAUAUUGGCAAUACGCAAGCACCAGUUCUCCUCUUCCGAGGUCUGGAUCUUCUUUCAGGCCCACAGGCUAUUUACCAAGCCAUGCUCUCGUCUUCGGGUUCAAACAAGCAAGACGGGGCGAAAGGCAUGAGGCGGAUCAUACUCAUCAAGGAUAAAGUCACAAUGGCGAGCUUCGGUUUCGCAUUUGUGGAGUUCGUUGAUGUGCAGUCUGCCUCGAGAGUGUUGGCUGCGACGAUGUCUCCCCAGAUCCACCCGUCUGGUUUCCGUAUAUCUGAUCGUCCAGUUGCUGCUUCCUUCGCCCAUCCAUACUCUUUCCAGCCUGUGACAGAUUUCCUCUCCCGGGAUGAAGCCUGUCUUCAGUCGACUAUGGCUCUUGGAGGAGUGGAAGGCACAUGGGUCAGAUAUUGGGAUGAGAGUUCAACCAUUGCAGUCCUCGAGUUCAAGGUUGAGGAACCCGUACGGCCCGCCAUUCAAGCGAAGGAGAAGAAAGAAAAGAAGAAGACGAAACAUGAUGGAGACGCCUUAAAGGCCGCUGUAGCUACUCCUUCAACCCUCCCGGUGUCGGAUAAACCCGUCACUCUGAGCUUCAGCAAGGGUCCUACGAAGAUUGUAGGGUCCUCUAAAGUUUCUGUGCCAGGGUUUUCAAUGGAUGAUUCGACCAAUGCGGAUGACUCACAAGAAGACCAAGGCUCUGAGCCCAACAAGCCUAUGGUCGUAAAAAAAGUUGCCCCGCUGAUUGCGAGCAAGAAGACUGCCAGCAAUAUCAACAAAUGGAACCAAGUUCAGGAGGAGUUAUCGAACGACACAGUUGCUCUCCCGGUACCGGCGGUCGCUCCGACGAUGAAGGUUGCCAUUAAUUCAUCUGCGCGAGUAGCCAGUGAAGGAUCGCCUGGGCCCGAAGCCGAAUUCGAGUUUUCGGAUGUUGCAGCGUUGAUGUGUCUUCUCUGUGCCCGGCAGUUCAAGUCGCUGGAUCAGUUAAAACGCCACAAUAAGGAAUCUGAUCUUCAUAAAAAAAAUUAUAAAGAUGCCAACCUGAGAGAUAUUGCUCGAGAGAAGGUUGCUGCACGAAAGGCAGGGACGCAGGAACUACCCAAGUACCGCGAUCGCGCUUCUGAACGCCGCACACUCUUCAAUCAGCCCGAUGUACCCCUCCCGGAGAAAGAGCCUAAUCUCACGAAAAAAAAAUACUCCGAACCGCCCCGGGCACCUACACCUCCUCCGCCCCAUGUUAAUCCUGGUCAGGAUGAAUCAAAUGUAGGGAACAAGUUGUUAAAAAUGAUGGGUUGGAAGGAGGGCACCGGCCUUGGGUCAGAAGGGGAUGGUCGGGUCGACCCCAUUCAAACAGCUGUUUUUACCCCUGGUGCCGGCUUGGGUGCCAGCAAAGGGAAGGAUAUUGGCAAAUAUACGGAAGGGUUCACGAACUACGUUCAUAUGGCCCAAGAUGCUGCUCGUGAGCGGUAUGAAGGUUAG